AUUAUAAUGAUUUUUUUAAAUUUAUCAAAAUUAUUUAUUAGAUGACAUAUAUUAGGGAUAGGGAAGAUGAAAGGAGGAGGAGGAAGAAUUGAAGGUAGAGAAAGGGUGCUAGAGGAAACAAGUGAUGCGAACGAAGCCUAUUCUCCAUGUAUGUAUUUAAGUGUAAACAGGCCCGACCCAUCCGAUCCAAUGUGAAUUAUUAACCCUAGGUAGGUAUUGGUAAAGCUUGAGAUGCGAAUGAGAAUGUGAUCAAUGGGUCCGUAUUGUCCAUGCUUCAGGAGCAAGAAAAAGGGGAUCAACUUGAAAACCAAGCUGACCAACACUUACGUCCCUAUUGAACCAACUACCCCUCCUAACUCUCAUCUUCCUCCAGUUACUCUGCACCUUCCAGAUAAUGCCAUCAAACAUAGCACACUGCUGGAGCCCACACAGAAAGUACUGAUAUCAAAACAUGAUUCUCCUCCGAGAAGCAACCUUCCAACUUUUUCUUACCGGGAUAUUGCAACCGCCACAAACAAUUUCAGGCGAGAAUCCAUUAUUGGGGAAGGUGGCUUUGGGCCAGUAUUCAAAGGGAAACUUAACACGAAUCAGGUUGUGGCUGUUAAGAAGCUAAAUCAUUCCGGUCUUCAAGGGGAUAAGGAGUUCUUUGUAGAGGUUCACAUGCUCUCACUGAUGCGGCACCCUAACCUGGUUAAUCUAAUUGGUUACUGCUCUGAAGGAGAGCAGCGACUUCUUAUCUAUGAAUUCAUGCCUCUAGGAUCUUUGGAAUAUCAUCUCCAUGAUAUUACGCCUGACAUGAAGCCAUUGGAUUGGGAUACCAGGAUGGUAAUAGCAUCUGGUGCCGCCAAAGGCCUGGAGUACCUUCACAACCAAGCUGAUCGUCCUGUUAUCUACAGGGACCUUAAGUCGGCAAACAUAUUAUUGGGUGAGGGUUUCCAUGCUAAACUUUCUGACUUUGGUCUUGCAAAGUUUGGCCCAAUUGCAGACAACACACAUGUUUCAACUCGGGUUAUGGGUACUCAUGGAUAUUGUGCACCUGAGUAUGCUGGAACCGGAAAACUGACUAUGAAAUCCGACAUCUAUAGUUUUGGUGUGCUCUUGUUGGAGCUAAUUACUGGAUGUAGAGCAAUGGAUGACUCUCACGAACAUGGAAAAGAAAUGCUUGUUGACUGGGCACGUCCUAUGUUAAAAGACCGCAUGAACUAUGUACAGUUAGCGGAUCCAAUGUUAAGAGGCAAAUUUCCACAAUCUGUCUUCCGCAGGGUAGUAGAACUGGUCUUAAUGUGUGUUCAGGAUGAUCCCCAUGCUCGACCUCUCAUGAAAGACAUCGUGCUUGCUUUGAGUUACUUUGCAUCCCAAAAGCAUGAUUCACAUGCAGCUCAGAUUGGAUCUCAUGGGGGAGAAGGGACAAAUGGAAGCUCUGUUGAUUUUGAUGGAGCUCAGAUGGAUGUAACAGAAAUAAGAGCUUCAAACAAAGAUCAAGAGCGGGAGAGAGCUGUUGCAGAGGCCAAGAAGUGGGGCGAGACCUGGAGAGAGAAAGGAAAACAGAAUGCGGAUGAUGAUUUAGAUUAUAAAUCAAGGUGGUGAUUGAUUGUAAGUUAGUUUCCUUGUCACAGAACAGCAUUUUUAUUCAAAUUUUGAAACAUAGUCGUAUGUAUAUACUCAUAAAAAAGAAAUUAUUGGCAUUAUUGAUGUAUUUGUAUGCUUGACAAAAUAAAUUCAAUACAACCACGAUAUGGCAUUUUAUCAUUAA